GGCUGGCAUCCUGGUUCUGCAUGCUGCUUUGCCUCCGGCCCCCGGGAGAGCCUUGGGGUAUCCCUCCCCAGUGCUUUGGGGUGACUGCCCCCCGAUGCUUUGGGGCCCCCUAUAGGGUGGGUUUGGGGUGACCCCUCCCAGCUCUUUGGGGUGGCUUCGGGACGUCCUCCCGCAGUGCUCUGGGAUUUCCUCCCUGGACGGCUUUGGGGUUACCCCCUGGAUGGCACUGGGGUAGCCCUUCCUUUAGGAUUUCCCCCAGGGUGGCUUUGAGGUGACCCCCCAGCAGUGCUCGUGCUCUGGGGAUUCCCUUCGGGCUGAACGUGGGGUGCCCCAGCAGCUCUGAAUGCGUUGGAGCCGCCCCUGGGAUGGCUCCGUCCCUCUUCCAGCACCUGCUCUGGGGGCUGCUGUCCCUAUCGGGUGGGGAUUUCCCCCCUCGGCAGCCCCCAAAGGGCUGGCUGUGUGUGCCAGCAUUCUCCUCACCGCUCCCAUCUCUAUGGGGCACGAUCUGGGGACAGGGCUGGGUGGGAUGGGCACAGCACAGGGGGGAGACCCAUCCAUGGGGAGUCACCACGGAACGCGCUGGAAAAGCAGCAAAAAGCCCCAGAGCCGUCAUGGAAAAAAAGGGUAAACAAGGAAAGAAGCGCAGCUUCUGGCUUUUUUAAGCUCCGUGUGUCAGGGCUCGUGUUUUUUAGUCCCUUGGCACGAUGCCCUGCGGGGACCUUGAGCCGGCGCGGGGGGGGCGUGCCUUUCGGAGGGCAGAACGCUGCUUGGGACGGUGCCACGGGCAGAGCUCCAUCCCCACUUCGCUGCGCUCCGGGAUUGAUGACACCCGGUCCCUCCGCCGUUGGGAUGGCUGCGAUUUCCCUGUGGAAAUCCGAGAUGUCACAGCGCUGCUGACGGGUCAGAGUCCGCCCGCAGCCGCCCACCCACGGCACAGCGCGUCCCCGGGCGCGCUGACCCCGCCGCCCCAUCCUGCUCCCGCACAGCAGCGCUGUGAUUUCAGCUCCUUUCACCCCACGCCGACGCAGCUUCCAAGCUGAGCUCCCCCCCUGCGCUCCGUGGUUUCCCCCGUUCCCCUCCGUUUGUUCCCUUUCCUCCUGUGAGCCCCUGCCCGGCGCUGCUUUGGCACCAGGACCCCACGCAGCUGCCCGCAACGAGGCAGAAUAACGCUCUGCCCUAUGGCACAUGGCUGGGCUCCUCCCUGCAUCCCCAGCGCAGGAAGACGAGGAGCAUCGCCUGCUUUCCGUGCCCGGGCAGAUGGCAUCGGGCUGUGCGUGCUCAGCGCCCGCUGAAUGGUUUGCACAAGGCAGGAAAUGUCAGCAAUACUGCGGGGUUAAUGGUGCUUAAUCCGCUGCCUUCACCUCGAACCUGCCCGCAGGGGAGCGGGCUCCUAGCAACCAGCGUGACACGGGGGUGCCCUGCGUGGGGACACCCCGGGACGGGGGCAUCCACGUGGUCUCCAGGAUGCAACGCGGGGGGGGGGGGUGAGGUCCCCGCGUGCUCCGAGGGAGGUGACAACGCCAGCUCUCCGCUGUUUGCUUUUCCUUGUUUAUUUUACCUUCCCCAACCUGCUGCUUGUCACCUCCAAAGCAAACCCACCACCCCAGCCACCUGGCUCCUCCUGCACCCCUCCCAUCCCCUGUGUUCCCCCAGCAGCUCGGGGCGCCGGGACCCCUGGGAGCCCCCAGCCCCACACUGAGGACCCGAAGCCCCUAUAGCCAGCUCGGUUCCGCCAGCUCCGCCGCCUCCGGCCGCACACGGGGAGCAGCGACCCAUACUGCAUUGUGAAGAUUGACAAUGAGGCCAUCAUCAGGACCGCCACGGUGUGGAAGACAUUGUCCCCGUUCUGGGGGGAGGAGUAUGAGGUGCAGCUCCAUCCCACCUUCCACAGCAUCUCCAUCUAUGUCAUGGACGAGGAUGCGCUCAGCCGUGACGACGUUAUCGGGAAGGUCUGCAUCACCCGCACCAUGCUGGCAGAGCACCCCAAAGGUUACAGUGGCUGGGUGAGCCUCAGCGAGGUGGACCCCGACGAGGAGGUGCAGGGGGAAAUCCACCUCCGCGUGGAGCUCCUGGAGGGCGAGGGCGGCCGGCGGCUGCGCUGCACCGUGCUGGAGGCCAGGGAUUUGGCCAAGAAGGACCGGAACGGUGCAUCCGACCCCUUUGUCCGUGUGAGCUACAAUGGCAAAACGCAGGAGAGCACCGUGGUGAAGAAAUCCUGCUAUCCUCGCUGGAACGAAGCCUUCGAGUUUGAGCUGCCCGACCCCGCUGCGGAGAAGCUGUGUGUAGAGGUGUGGGACUGGGACCUCGUCAGCAGGAAUGACUUCUUGGGCAAGGCGGUGGUCAGCGUGCAGGGCCUGCAGGCAGCUGGGCACCAGGAGGGCUGGUUCAGGCUGCAGCCGGACACGGCCAAGCCCAGGGAGGCUGGGCGCCGGGGCAGCCUGGGCUCGCUGCAGCUGCAGGUGAGGCUGCGGGAUGAGACAGUGCUGCCCUCCCACUGCUACCAGCCCCUGGUCCAGCUGCUGUGCCAGGAGGUGAAGGCAGGGCACCAGGCCGGCCAGGUGCACCUGGUCACCCUCCUUGAUGAAACCACCACGGCCGAGUGCCGGCAGGAGGUCGCUGUCAACCUGGUGAAACUCUUCUUGGGCCAAGGGCUGGUGAAGGAGUUCCUGGACCUGCUCUUUGAGCUGGAGCUGGCCAAGCCCUGUGAACCCAACACUUUAUUCCGGAGCAACUCCCUGGCCUCAAAGUCAAUGGAGUCUUUCCUCAAGGUGACAGGGAUGCAGUACCUGCAUGCAGUGCUGGGGCCCACCAUCUCCCGGGUGUUUGAGGAAAAGAAGUACGUGGAGCUGGACCCCAGCAAGGUGGAGAUCAAGGACGUUGGGUGCUCGGGGCUGCACCGGGUGCAGACGGAAAGCGAGGUGAUGGAGCAGGGCCGCCAGCUCCUCCAGUCCUACCUUGGUGAGCUGCUAGACACCAUCGGCAAGUCAGCCCCCGCCUGUCCUCCUGUUGUCCGUGCUGCUUUCCGGCAGCUCUUCCAGCGCGUUGGGGAGCGCUUCCCCCAGCACCAGCACACUCAGUUCGUGGCCGUCACCAGCUUCCUGUGCCUCCGCUUCUUCUCGCCGGCCAUCAUGACCCCCAAACUCUUCCACCUGCGGGAUACACACGCCGACGCGCGCACCAGCCGCACACUGCUGCUGCUGGCCAAGGCUGUGCAGAUGGUGGGCAACAUGGAGCCAGCGGCAGGGCGGGCCAAGGAGGAAUGGCUGGCCCCACUGCAACCCGCCCUACAGCAUGGAGCCACCCAGAUGAGGGCCUUCAUCAGCCGGCUGGUGGGCACGGAGGAGGAGGCGGGUGGAGAGGGGUGGCCAUGUGCCCCCCGCACCGCCGUGGUGAAGGAGGGGCUGCUCUUCGUCCACAAGACGCGCGGCAAAGGGCCGCUGCUUGCCUCCGCUGCCAAGAAGCUGCACUUCUGCCUCACCAGUGAGGCCCUCAGCUUCGGCAAGAGCCCCGGGGCGGAGAGGUGCGGUUCCAUCGCUCUGGGCAACAUCCGUGCGGCCGAGAAGGUGGAGGAGAAAAGCUUUGGGAGCUGCCACGUCAUGCAGGUGGUCUACGUGGAUGAGGCCGGGCAGCAGGAGACGGCGUACCUGCAGUGCAAGUGCGUCAACGAGCUGAACCAGUGGCUGUCCGCCCUGCGCAAGGUGUGCGGAAACAACCCCCGGCUGCUGUGCGCCUACCACCCUGGCGUCUUCCGGGGGGACAAGUGGACAUGCUGCCACCAGAAGGACAGGACGGGGCCAGGGUGCGACCGGACACGGCACAGCAUCGCCCUGCAGGACUGGAGCGAUCCGCUGGAGCCCGACGUGGAGGCUCAGCGCCUCUUCCAGCACCUCCACGGCCUGCAGCAGCCCCUCAGGGAAAAGUACUGGGAGCUGACGGAGGCGGGGGGCCCUCGGAACGGCCCUCAGGGCUGCGGUGAAGGACCCCCGCUGCCCCUCGCGCUCCGCCGGCUCUUCGAGGUGCUGCAGGACCUGGAGCGCUGCCACCGCCAGCUGCCCCCCGUCACCCCCGCCCUGCUGGAGCUGCAGACGUGAGGGCGCGGGCUGGGGAUGCCCCCGUGCCUCGGGUGUGGCAAUAAAGGUGCAGAUCCGCCCC